GGUUGUGAAUGUGGCGAGCGGCGCUGAGGGGCUGUGUCGUUCCCGGGAGCCGCCGGCAGAGGGCGCGCGGGGGGACAUGUCAGUGCGGCCGUAGAGCGGACACUAUGAGGGGACGCGCCGCGUAGCGCAGCCCGGGGAGGGGAUGUUAUCCAGGAAGAAGACCAAGAAAGAAGUCUCCAAACCUUCCGAGGUGCAGGGGAAGUACGUGAAGAAGGAGACGUCCCCCCUGCUGCGGAAUCUGAUGCCUUCUUUCAUCCGCCAUGGACCAACCAUCCCCAGACGGACUGACCUCUGCCCGCCAGAACCUGCUCCUUCUCAGUAUAACCCCCCAGGGGACGGGGCGGCCACUAGAAACCAAAGCUUUUUACGGACUCCGGUUCAACGGCCGCCCCACGAGGUUCUGCGCAGGGAGAGCAAUAGACUUUCUGCUCCGUCCUAUUUAGUUCGGGGACUGGGUGACGUCCCGAGAGAAUAUGGAUCCUCGUCUCAGUCCUUCUUAACGGAGAGCAAUUCUGUUCUGGAGAACGGGGAAGCCAAGUCCAGGUACUUCUGCGCAGACCCCCACUAUGAGGGGCAGAGACGGAAAGCGCUCGGGGAGCGUGCACACGAAGAGUACAGAUACUAUGAACACGGGGGCGAUCACAUGCAAAGGAUGCUGCACGGGCCGGGCCGACAUCCUGCAGGUAUCGGAAGGAUCGCCGCCACCUCGCUAGGAAACCUAACCAACCACAGCUCAGAGGACAUGCCCCUUCCGGGCGGGUGGACGGUGGACUGGACCAUACGGGGCAGGAAGUACUACAUAGACCACAAUACCAACACUACGCAUUGGAGUCACCCCCUGGAGAGGGAAGGGCUGCCCCCCGGCUGGGAGCGAGUGGAGUCGGCAGAAUUUGGCGUUUAUUACGUGGAUCAUAUCAAUAAGCGGGCUCAGUACAGGCAUCCGUGUGCGCCAAGUGUGCCCCGCUACGACCAGCCCCCUCCCCUGCCUCCUCCAGUAACGUAUCAGCCGCAGCAAGUGGAAAGAAGCCAAGCGCUCCUCGUGCCUGCCAAUCCAUACCAUACGGCCGAGAUCCCAGAUUGGCUUCAAGUCUACGCCAGGGCCCCCGUGAAAUAUGACCACAUCUUGAAGUGGGAACUCUUCCAGCUGGCAGAUUUGGACACGUACCAGGGCAUGCUCAAGUUACUGUUCAUGAAAGAACUGGAGCGGAUAGUAAAACUGUAUGAAGCCUAUAGACAGGCGCUUAUUACCGAGGUGGAGACGCGCAAACAGAGACAGCAGUGGUACGCUCAGCACAAGAACUUCUGAGGAACCCCUUCCCCGGCGUUCUCCUCCUCCGGACUCGAAACGUAUCCCCUUUUUCUCUCGGUGCCUUGAUGGUUCAUUUGGACAGACCCAUGUCUACAGUAACGACCACAUCUAUAAUCCAUAAAGGGAAACUCACGGAGUGGAAAGUUUUGUCUGACCGUUUAACAACCCCCCCCAAAAAAAAUAUUCAGCAGGGGCACCCCCUCCAUGGGGAGACGCACAUGGACACCGCUUCACGUUUUGGCAAGUCUGAGCCAAUGAUAUUAUGGUAACGAGAUUUUCAUGGAGCGUUUCACCUAUUAUUAUACAGGCAGCCAUUAUUUUUUUUGUAACCAUUCACUACUCAUUAGAUUCUGGUUGCUGAUGAAUUAAUAAUCUGUGCAAUAAAUGGCCUCGUGAGCCGCGUUUUAUGGCAACUACAUGGGUGACUUUGCUGCACCCGCAGGUAGUCGGCAUGACGCCAGCGGCAUUGUGUUUUUUACGUGUGGAUUGACAGGAAAGAGUCUCCAUCUUUCCGUGUCAUCCUGCCGAUGGUUGGAACAGUGAAGAUACAGCUGCCAUCAGACAGGCUAGUGGGGGAGAAGGUAAGUGCAAGUGAUGGUGUAGACCAGGGAUGGCCAACCUGCGCCUCUCCAGCUGUUGUAAAACUACAAUUCCCACCAUGCCCUGCUGUAGGCAGUCUGGGCAUGCUAGGAGUUGUAGUUUUGCAACAGCUGGAGAGCCGCAGGUUGGUCAUCCCUGGUGUAGACGGUGCCCGUACCUGCACCCUAUAAAUGAUGGCAGCUUCCGGAUGCUUGGUGUAGCUAAUACAAAUUCAACAUAACCUUGGGAAUUUUGCAGCAAAUGGGUCUCUAUGGCCGAAGUUAAUAUGCACCAGCUUCCACAUUUGGUGCAACACGGCCAGGCCUCCUGAUGGAGGGGCUUUCUGGUUCUUUCUAAGCACGCCUCACCCUAACCAAAGCUGAUGUGGAACCUUAUUUUAUACGUGUAUGUCUGAAAUGUCCUGAUCGCCUUGCAGGCUUCCUAAAGGGGGUUUUAUGCCUUAAUAUAAAUGGCUCACCAUAGGUAGAAAACCAGACGCCUCCGGCAAGCGGGGACAGGGCGGCUGUGUAAGAGCACAUCAUGGAUGUUCACAAAUGCCUAGGUUAAGGUGCAUUCACACUACAUUUUGCACAUGCACUGGGAAAGCUCCUGGCAUAUACGUCAAUCAUAUCCAUAGCCCCCAUUCCUCCUUGCUGCAUAGUACAGUGUAGUCCAUUGCAUGCUGCUAUACAGAGGCCUCCACUAAAAAGAAAAGGUCAGAGCCUAUGGGCCACAUAUGCCACCGUAUACGUCCUAAAUCCUCUUGAAGUAUACCUUCAGCUUACACAGUGUGCCUGCACCCUAAUACCCUAGGGGCGUAUUCACAUAGGCCAUGCCCCUGCUAGCCCGGUGAAUGGUGCGUAGAAUCAGGACGGCAUGUAGAUGACAGCGUUGCACCCAUCCGAAUUCCUAACUCUGGGUAUGACGUAAUUAAAAUGUAAUAUUCCUUUAAAGCCUCGAGCGAGAGAUUAGACCAAAGAUGGAGACAGAGCAGAUACCACGUCAUUAGAUCUAGUGUACCGACCAACCAUCUAAUGCAGGCAUCCUCAAACUGCGGCCCCCCUCCAGCUGUUGUAAAACUCCAACUCCCACAAUGCCCUGCUGUAGGCUGAUAGCUGUAGCCUGUUUGGGCAUGCUGGGAGUUGUAGUUUUGCAACAGCUGGAGGGCCGCAGUUUGAGGAUGCCUGAUCUAAUGUGUAUGGGAGCCUUCUACGGAAGAGGGGGGCGGUAUUUCAGCAUGCCCAUUCCUUUUAUUCUUGGAGCAAUAAACCGCCCCUGAGAUGUCUUUAUUUCUCUCUCCCUGUUCAGAACACACGCACGUUUCGUAGCGCGCCCAGCAUGAUGCAUAUGAGUAGAAGCGUGUAAUGUGUACGGCGUCUUUAUUUUUUUAUAUUCUAUGUAUGAGUCUCAUGUAACUGGAAAUGAAGCGAAAAGACGCGGCAGACUGGUGGACGUCACACAGCUGCUCCCCCCGGCUCCCAGUCAUCGUCUGUGAAUUACCUGUCCACUGUUUGAUUCUCACGUAUACCACAGAGCUGUCAGUGGUGUAUAUUUAUUAUGAGCCUCCAGCUGAAUAUACUGUAGCGUAUACUGACACUAAUUACUAUGCAGGUGGGUUUUAUAUUUAAGAAAGCACAAUGUAUUUUUUUUAACCUUUGUGUAUCCGUUACAAUCUCCAGAGUAAGUGUAUUGUCUUUUAGUCCAUCCUAAUUGUGUGAAUAUUAAACUUCACUAAAAAAGA